AUGCAAAAAGGUCCUUGUCAACCUCACCUCAAACCAUUUCCAUCGACAAAAGUUGGACCUCAAUCAAGAGCAUUCAACGGUGCUUGGUAUGAGGAAUUUAAAAAUUGGCUUGAAUAUAGUGUAUCAAAAGAUGGUGCAUUUUGUCUGUAUUGUUAUUUGUUUAAAUCAAAUUGCGGAGGACAAUCAGGUGGUGAGUCAUUUGUUGGUCAAGGAUUCAUAAAUUUUAAAAAUGGAAAAGCAAGACUUUAUACUCAUGUUGGAGGUCCAUCUAGUGUUCACAAUCAAGCUAGGAAAAUGUGUGAAGCGUUAAUGAACGAAAAACAACAUAUUCAAACAUUUUUUGAAAAACAAUCAAAGCAAGAUCGUAGUGAGUAUCGAAGUCGUUUGGAAGCAAUAGUUGAUUGCAUUCGUUUGUUAUUGCGACAAGGGCUUGCUUUUCGUGGUGAUGAUGAAUUUGGAGACUCGAGUAAUCAAGGUAACUUUCUUGAGAUUUUAAAAUUUCCUGCUGAUCAUAAUGAAGACAUCAAAGCAGUUACAUUGACAAAUGCUCCUGAGAAUUUAAAAUUAACAUCACCUGAUAUUCAGAAAGAUAUUGUGAGGGCUGUAGCUUUUGAAACACUUGAUAUCAUUAUUAAAGAAAUUGGAGAUGCGUUGUUUUCUAUUUUAGUUGAUGAAUCUCGUGAUAUUUCAACUAAGGAGCAAAUGGGACAAGGUUAUGAUGGGGCAAGCAAUAUGCAAGGAGAGUUCAGUGGUCUUAAAACUCUUAUUUUGAAUGAGAAUCCAUCAGCUUUUUAUGUUCAUUGUUUUGCUCACCAACUUCAACUUGCUCUUGUAGCUGUCGCAAAGAAACAUAUUCUAGUUGCUCAUCUUUUUAGUGUGGUAACUAUGGUGAUAAAUGUCGGUGGAUGUUCUUCUAAGCGUUGUGAUAUUCUUAGAGAAAAGCAAGAUGAUAUUAUUUCUGAAGCACUCAAGUGUGGUGAAAUUUCAAGUGGAAGAGGGCUAAAUCAAGAAACCAAUCUUAAACAUCCCAGUGAUACUCGUUGGGGUUCACAUUAUGCUACAUUGGUAAGCUUGAUUAACUUAUUCUCCCCUAAACUAAUUCUACAUUUAAUGAAAGCAUUGUUGGGAAUACCAAAUGAAUUGUCAAAAGCACUACAGAGAAAAGAUCAAGAUAUUGCAAAUGCCAUGAAAUUAGUGGAAAUUUGCAAGAAAAUAUUACAAGCAAUGAGAGACAAUGAAUGGGAUUCCUUUCUUAAUCAAGUCUCAACCUUUUGUGCUAAAUAUAAUGUAGAUGUUCCUGAUAUGGAUGAUACAUUUGUUGCCCAAGGUCGAUCACAGCGCAAAACUCAAGAAAUGACAAAUUUACAUCACUAUCGUGUGGAAUUCUUUUUUGUUGUUAUUGAUAUCCAACUUCAAGAGCUAAAUGAACGUUUCAAUGAGGUAAACACCGAACUACUUCUUUGUUUAACUUCUUUGUGCCCUGGUGAUUCAUUUGUAGCUUUUGACAAAAAAAAGUUGGUCCGGUUUGCUGAGUAUUAUCCUAAAGACUUUUCUACUUUUGAGCUUAUGAUACUCGAUGAUCAACUUGAAACUUACAUUAUUGAUGUACGUUCUACUGAGAAGUUCUUGGGUUUGAAAAGUAUUGGAGAUCUUGCUCAAAAAAUGGUCGAGACAAAGAAAAAUAUUGUCUAUCCACUGGUGUAUCGACUUAUUACAUUGGCAUUGAUUCUACUUGUUGUUACUGCUACGGUGGAAAGAGUAUUUUCUUCUAUGAAUAUUUUGAAAAAUAGAUUGUAUAUGAGAGAGCUUCAGGUGGUGGUGGAAAAGUUUAGUGGUGACAUGAGAGAGUGGAAUGGUGAAAAGUGGAAUUAUAGGUCUAAUUUGGGUGGUAGAUUGUUGACAAUGGUGGCUCUUCAAAAUCGUGAGAAUCUAGGAACCAUUGUGAGGAAGAGGAUCAGAUGCUAUGCGAUAGCCCCUUCUCAUUGCAUGUCUCUAAAUUUGGCUGUGAGAUAUGCGGAUGUUAUUAAUGCAGCUUACGAUGACCAAGCCAAGAGCAGAAGAAGGUGUUAA